AUGGAUCCUAAUAAUGCUGAUAAUACCAAUGUGGCAAAUCCAAAUGGGGAUGAGCAACAAAGAAGAGUGCUUGGCUCUUAUUCUGCUCCUACUGCAGAUCUUUAUGGAAAAAGCAUUGUGGUGCCUCCUAUAGCUGCGAACAACUUUGGUUUGAAGCCACAACUGGUCACACUGACAAAUGGAGUGAACCUAGAGGUCAAUUACAUGGGGAGUGCUACUAGAAAUCCCAACAAUGAUCCCUAUUCUAAGACCUACAAUCAGGGGUGGAGAAAUCACCCAAAUUUUAGGUGGAGAGAGCAACCUCAGAGGCCACAAAAUUUUAAUCAUAAUUCUCAGGGUGGUUUUCAUCAGAAUAAUUUUAAUAACCACCAUUUUCAGUCAUCUCAGCAAGUAACUUCUCAGCCCCAACAGAAUAAUGAUUUGGAAGCAAUAAAGAUAAGUUUUAGACAGGAAACCAGACCAUCAAUCAAUAACUUAGAGAUUCAGAUGGGUCAAUUAGCCACAAAAGUUAAUGAAAUUGAUCAAAUGACCACUAAUAGCCUUCCUGGUAAUACAGUGCCAUGUGAAUCACACCAUAACCAAACCUCUUUAUCCUCACAACCCAGCUUGGCUUCAGUACCCUCUCUUAACAAGAACUAUCAUUAUUCUUGUUCUAAUUAUUCAACCGCCUCAUACAACUGCAUCGCAACCCUAAAAGGACACAACUACUACACAUCCUCCUUAACCCUCUCCGCUAAAUUCCUCUACAGUGGCUCCUCCGACAGAGAAAUUAGGUCAUGGUCCAAACAAUCAUUAUUAACUACCACUAAUAAUAUAGUCCUUGCUGGGAAAGGUGCAGUCAAGUCUCUAGUUGUUCACUCAGACAAGCUCUUUAGUGCUCACCAAGAUAACAAAAUUAGGGUUUGGAAGAUCACCAACAAUAUCAACAACCACCACGACCAUGAGCAGAAGUACACGCGUUUGGCCACGCUUCCAACGCUCAGCGACCGCGUCUCCAAGAUAUUACUCCCCAAAAACCACGUUAGAAUCCGGAGGCACAAAAAGUCCACGUGGGUUCACCACGUGGAUGCAGUGUCUUGUCUUGCCCUAUCCCAUGACGGAGCCUUGUUAUACUCUGCCUCGUGGGACAGGACGAUCAAGAUUUGGCGAACCAGAGACUUUGCGUGUUUGGAAUCAGUGAUAAAUGCACACGAUGAUGCCAUCAACGCAGUUGCAGUUUCCAACGAUGGACGCGUCUACACAGGAUCGGCGGACAAAAGAAUCAAGGUUUGGAAGAAGAAAGGCGGCGGCCAAGGAGUAGUGGGAGAGAAAAGCAAAAGCAAAAACAAACACUACCUUGUGGACACGUUGGAGAAACACAAGUCUGGGAUCAACGCUUUGGCGCUUAACGGCGACGGUUCGUUACUAUAUUCCGGGGCAUGUGAUAGAUCAAUACUGUUAUGGGCGAAGAAGGAAGAAGACAAAGAAGGAGAAGGUGGUGAUGGAAAAAUGGUGGUGGUGGGUGCGCUUAGGGGGCAUGGUAAGUCUAUACUUUGCUUAGUGGUGGUGAUGGAUUUUGUUGUGAGUGGUUCAGAGGACAAAACGAUUCGUGUUUGGAGGGGUUUUGGCGGGAGAGAGUAUACUUGUGUGGCGGUUUUGGAAGGGCAUAGAGGACCAAUUAAGAGCCUAACCGCCAUGGUUGAUCAUAACCAUGAUGAUCCUUCCCAAGCAUCGAUGGUUGUCUAUAGUGGCAGUUUGGACUGUGACAUUAAGGUUUGGAAGGUUUUUGUUCCUCUUCCCUGAAUUUAGUUCUAUAUAGGAUGUGCUUUACAAUUUCUUUUUUAUUUUAUUCAAAACUUUACAAUAUACCACCAUACAAUAUACCAUUAUAAACUCAAAAAAUAAUAUGUGCAUUUAUAUAUAUUUUCUUUUCUUUCUGUGUCCCCAGAUAAAAAAUAUAAAUUCAACAGCAAUUUGUGCCUCA